AUGAACCAUUUUGAUAUGCACGUCUCCAAACCGCUGAGGAUAUUGCCCUCUCUCAGUUCUAUCACUUAUUACGAUCCAAGGAUUGACCAGCUACCAGUCAAUCCAGUCCUCGGUGUUUUACGAUUCAAUUUCAACCCUGGGAUUGAUAUCUCAGAGCGAUGCCGAGCAUCUAUACUGUGGCAUAAGUCCUUGACAUAUGUCUCGACCAUUCCUGGCUUUCAAAGGCUAUAUUGGGCCCCCGUGGACCAUGUUUCGUCGUCUCAACAAAUCAUCAUUCUGGUUCAGUGGGAUAGCAGUCGUGGCUGGAAAUUGUUCCAGGAAUCAUUGGGCUUCAGCAUGAUGCUGGGUUACAUUGAAAGCAUCUCCAAUCGCUGUAUCCAGCUUGCCCUUCCUGCCAACCUCUUAAGCCUUGAUACUGUUCUUGAGCUCGUCUCCUUCGAAUUCCCUGGUAAUACCCAAGUCAACAUGGGACCAGGCUUCAAAUCCAAGUGGGAAACUUUGCUUGACUGA